AACUGCUUCACCUAAUAUCUGGUGGCGCUUUAUAUAUGUUUGUGAUUGCUGACGAAGAAGAGAAAAUAACAAAGACGACGAGUUCAGGUUCUCUAUGGCUUCUCAUAGCUACCCAACUCAUGGUUUUAGUGUUCAAGGAAUCAACGAUAUCACCAAGAAGAACCGAGCUUAUCUGGUGAAUCCUAGAGGAAGAAGACAAGAGAUCAAAAUACCUGAAAACUCUUUUGACCUGAAGAUACAACACUUGGAGCCAUCAUCAUGUAAACCGCUUUCUUCUUUGAGAAAGUCUAAUCAUUUUCUGGAGUUUGACUCCACCAUGAUGAAACCAAAUGUUCAUGAGACAGGACAAGAGGAGGUAGUUGAGUUCCUUUUAUCUACUACAGAAGACGAACUCAAAGAAAGAGGUGUUGAUAGGUCUCUAUUAUCUCACUUGGAUCAAGAACCAGUAAAGCCGCUUUUGGAUCUCAUGAUGCUUAACCCACACCUCUCCAUCACUCCGGAUGCUCAAAUCCUCUUCUCAAGUAGCAGAACUGAGUUGAACGAUAUGGUCUUUCAUAAGCUGAAGAAGUCAGCUAGAUGGAGGAAGCUCUCCCGGCUUGUACCGCAGUUUUCGAGAUUAGACAGUGAGGUACUCAUAGAGACACUGCAGCCUGACGAGGUUAAUCUUGAUGUAGCUCCUCAGAAAACUAAGACCACCAAGCCUUCACGAAAGAAACAGAAUCCAAAGCUGAGAGACGGAGAGAACGAUCUCUACAAAAGAAAUCAUCUCCACGCAUGUGAGAGCCUCAUCUCGUUAAUGCUAGGCAGUGAACAACACAGACAAACCACAAUGCUAUCUCUUAAGAAGAAAUCAUCAUCAUGUGGAGACCUCUCUGAGCUUUUGACUCGGCUCUCAAUCGCCUUUGCUGGAACCGGCAUUGCAGUGUUCUUCUCUGUGGUCUGUAGUGCUGCUUCCGGGAGAGUACCCUUUUGCGCAAACACGGUCUUCGACGCUGGCCUGAGUUUAAGUUUGGUGUUGCUCUCGUGGGCGGUGAGUAGACUCGGGGAAGCCGUAGUUGGUAUUAAUAGGAAAGUGAUUAAAGGAGAAGAAACCACAAAUAGAGUUGAGAGUAGAAUCAAAGAUGUUUACUUCAGAGCUGCAACAGUUAUCAUUAUGGUAGCACUUAGGUUUCAUUGAACAUUUUAAUCCCUGAUGAUUAGGAACUUGGAGUCGCACUAUUUUGAGAUCAAACAAAUGUUUUGCAUAUA